CACCUUCGGAUUCGAUGUCCCGUUACCGACUUGCAUUCAACCGCCAUGGAUACCUACGCCUGGGAUGAAAUUCACGCUGCGAUGUUCUCCAUGGGCAGUGACACGUCGAGGGGGUCCCACACGACGUCUGCCUCCGUGCUGACUCCGCCAAAUUCGGACGGGGCCUCUGACUCUCCCGUCCCAGCCCAGAUAGCCGUAUCAUCGACGUUCGGACCCGACGCCGCAUGGCAGCGCUCCGCCAAUCAGGGCCCCGGCCACGUCGCGUCGCCUCCCGACAUCGCGCUCCUCACAUCGGACCGCGUUAACUUCUACAUCCACUCCAGCACCAUCGACACCUCCAGCCACCGUCUCUCCGGGCGCGUUCCCAGCGUACGUGGGAAGGCGCCGCCGAUCGUGAUUGACGUCCCUGAGACCGCCGCAGUCCUGAACGUCAUCCUUCACGCGCUCCACGGGCUGUCGUGCGCACAGUACUCGCCCUCGCUGGACGUCCUGGUCGAAGCGGUCGAGCGCAUGCUGAGCUACGGCAUGGAUCCCAAGUCGACGGUUGUUCCCUCCACCUCCCUGUUCUCGCUUCUUCUCUCCCAGGCACCUCUCUAUCCCCUGCGCGUGUUUACCCUGGCUGCGCACUAUGACAUCAUCGACCUCGCCGUGCCCACCUCGUCGCAUCUGCUGAGCUUCCAGCUGUCAGCGCUGACAGAUGCUGAUGUGCAGCGGAUGGGCCCGGUGUAUCUGCGGCGCCUCAUGUUCAUGCACAACGGACGUGUGGAUGCGCUGCGCCGCGUGCUCGUGUCUCCUCCGUAUCCCCACCCGCCGACCGCGGCUUGUGAUUUCGCCAACCAGAAGAGCUUGAACCGGGCCUGGGCACUCGCCACGGCCUAUUUGGCGUGGGAUAUCCGCCCCGAUGUGUCCACUGGCGCUAUAGAAGCUGCACUAAGACCUCUUGCGGCCCGGCUUCCGUGCAAAUUGUGUAGGCAGGCGCUCGAUGAGCGAAUAAAAAGUGUGGUCACUCAGUGGUCUGUCGUCAAGGUAUGUUCCGUUCAGAUUCUUGCGCUGCCCAUGUUGAUUUGCCUCCAGCGCACUAUUUGA